GCCGCCGCGCACCGGGCGGCACCGGGCGGGACAGCGGCGGCGGGGCCGGGGCGGCGGGGCCCGGCGGGGCGGGGGUCGGACGUGCCCCGCGGGGUCGGGCGGCCCAGCGCCAGCCCGUGCGGAGCGGGCCCGGCAUGGCGGGCGGCCCGCGGCGGGGCCGAGCGCUGCUCCGCGCCGGGCUGGCCGCGCUGCUCUGCGUCCUCCAUGCGCAGGCGGCCUGUCAGGGUGCCGGCGUCACGCAGGAGCUCCUGAACGAGGGGUUUCACAGGGACCUGCUGGUGAAGGUAGAACUUGGUGUGGUGGGGGAGGAUGCAGGAAGAUGCACAGUGGCAGCUAGAACUCGUCUUCCAGCAGGAAUCUACGUGGAUCCCUAUGAGCUGGCAUCACUGCAGCAGCACAACCUAACAAAGGCGGUGUUAAUUCCUGAUGUCAUUGAUGUGGAGGCUCCAGAGUACUUAGCCACAGAUUUUCUUCUUCUCUUGUACAUGGAACCCGACCCUCGGUGUUCUCACUGUUUCAGAGCUGCCUUGCCUGUGCACGGGCGGUACCACCGGCCAGCAGAAGAGACCAGUGAAGUGCUGGUUGUUCUGAAGAGCCCAGAAGUGUUGGUCUGCUGCUGUGACAAUUCCCUGUCAGCAGAGUGUUGGAAGCCGGCUGAAGUGGAAGCUCCCUGUUCAGGCAGAGGUGUCGGGCCCUGUCAGUGGUACAGCGUAAUGCACAAACCUGCAUCUGAGGAAUCGAUUCUGCAGGUUCCAGUGGGGCUCAGGCAGCAUAGCUCCUUAGUGUGCGUCGCGACUCUUCUUGCCACAGUGCUCUGUUCCAGUCUGAUUCUCACAGCUGUAUGCAAAUAUGGAUACUUCUCCCCGGUGACCUCCUGAGGAUAAAGAAAUAGAGAAUGACUGACCUCCAUCCAGCAAAAAUAACUGAAUAUUACAUCAGCAUCCUAAAUGAAUCCUAUUAUACUGUUAUUUAUAUCUUAGUAACAUGCAAGGGUGCCAUAAUGGGUUAUAGUCUCCUGGUGCAUGAAAGGUGUUUGUAAGAAUUAGAUCAAGGGGACUGUUUUGGUGCAGUGACAAUAGACAAAGCGGACGGGGGGUAGGAACAGCGCUUCAGAAAGCUGCAAGGACUGCCAUGGGCAGUGUGGCAACAGUCAGGAGUGGAGUGUUUGCCUCAGAUUGCCUCCCCCUGCUCCAGAGCCUGCUUUAACUACUGUGCUGCCUCUUGUACAGGUGUUUGUAUUUCUUGAAUUUAAAAUAAUGGACUCGGGGAUUGGUUAUUAAGGGUAUGGAAAACAUCUAGUCAUUAAAGUUUCUGAAUUUUAA